UGUAUUGAUUCGCCGACUGAUGGUGGUAAAGGAACUCUCCCAUACAUCUCCCCCAUGAAUUACUCAACCGUAGAACACAGCACUGGGUGGGGUGAUGUCCAUCUGCUCCGAGGAAAAAGUAAUCCCUGCUGCGAUCAGGAGCGCAGUCACUUUCCUCUUGGAUUAGCACGUAGUUCGACUGGAGGUAGUGGUUGAGAGAGUUAGUAUGCGAGAACAAUUUGAAUAAAUGGAGUCUUUUAAAAGGAAAUUAUAUCAGCGCUUCCAGUUUUUUGCGUUUUUCCUUCCAAUCUCAGGUGUUUUGUGUUUUAGUGAGUUAUUUUUUAUCAAAGAGCCCCACGAUGUUACUGUCAUGCGGAAGGAUGCCGUUAUAUUGGACUGUCAGGCGCACGGAGAGUCGCCUAUUGCCAUCAGGUGGCUUAAAAAUGGAGUAAAAGUUGCAGAGAAUGACCGCGUCUACAUUCUCUCCAACGGCUCACUUUCUAUUUCGGAGGUGGAGAGCAGGAGAGGAGACAAAUCAGAUGAAGGGUUUUACCAGUGCCUCGCUCAGAACAAGUAUGGAGCCAUCCUGAGCCAGAAAGUCUGUCUUACAAUUGCAAGUAUCUCCCCCUUUACAAAUCAGCCAACAUCUAUUGUGGUGACAGAAGGAUCAGUCGCCCGUUUCACCUGCAAAGUCACUGCAAGCCCUCCUCCCAUCAUCACCUGGGAGUUCAAUCGGGUCAUGUUACCCCUGGCAACUAAAAGAAUCACAGUCUUGCCCAGUGGCGUUUUGCAGAUCCACGGGGUGGAAAAAGGGGAUGCUGGGAACUAUCGUUGUGUGGCGACCAACAUCGCCAACCGUCGCCGGAGUACAGAGGCAACCCUCACUGUCACUCCAGCUCCAAGCCCCAAACUGCCUCAGAGGCCUCGUAUCAUCGCCGGGCCCCAGAAUGCCACUGUGUCCCUGCACCAAAGUGCCAUCCUGGAAUGCAUGGCUACAGGGAACCCACGACCCCUCAUCUCCUGGAGCCGAGCCGACAGCAAGUCCAUCGAUGUUUUCAACACCAAGGUGCUGGGCAAUGGCAACCUCAUCAUCUCUGAUGUUAAACCCCAACACGGAGGAGUGUACAUGUGCAGAGCCACUACCCCUGGCACACGCAACUAUACCAUCGCCACAGCUAACAUCACUGUGCUAGCGCCUCCGUCCUUGGUGGAGUGGCCGGAGAGCCUGACCCGUCCGCGCGCGGGCACGGCCCGCUUUGUGUGCCAGGCUGAGGGGGUUCCCCUGCCCCACAUCACUUGGCUGAAGAACGGAGAGAAGGUCCACUCCAACGGACGCAUCAAGAUGUACAACAGUAAACUGGUGAUCAACCAGAUCAUCCCUGAGGAUGAUGCCAUCUACCAGUGCCAGGUAGAGAAUGAGCAGGGCUCUGUGCUGUCCAUGGCCCGGCUCAUAGUGGUGAUGUCAGAGGACCGGCCCAGCGCGCCCAGGAACAUCCGGGCUGACACUGUAUCCAGCUCUGCCAUCUUGCUGGCCUGGGAGAGACCACUGUACAACUCAGACAAAGUGAUCGCCUACUCUGUGCACUACAUGAAGGCUGAAGGCUUGAACAACGAGGAAUAUCAGGUUGUCAUUGGCAAUGACACAACCCGGUACAUUAUUGAUGACCUGGAGUCAGUGCGGAACUACACCUUCUACAUCGUGGCCUACAUGCCCAUGGGAGCCAGCCGCAUGUCAGACCAUGUGUUCCAGCACACCCUGGAGGAUGUGCCCCUGCGUGCCCCAGAGCUCAGCCUCACCAGCCGCAGCCCCACAGACAUCCAGGUGUCCUGGCAGCCCCUUGCAGCCAAGAUAAGCCGCGGCCGGGUGUCGGCCUACCGCUUGUCCUAUCGGACCAGCGCUGACCAGACCGUCACCCAGCUGGAGCUUCUUGGGGAGAAGACCCAGUAUCUCCUGGAGGGCCUGCAGCCCGACACCAUCUACCUCCUCCGCAUCGCUGCAGCCACUAGCGUGGGCUGGGGGGAACAGUCAGCCUGGACCUCCCACCGCACCCCUAAGGCAUCCAGCGCCAAAGUGCCUCUGGCCCCUGAGCUACAAUUGGAGCCUCUGAACUGCACCACCAUCAUAGUGCGCUGGCAGCUGGCACCAGGAAAUUCUGUCAGCAUCCAGGGCUACAGGCUGUUCUACCACGAGGAGAGCCAGGCUGAGAGUUCCCCCAUCCAGCUGCGUGUCCAGGACAACAGGCACACCAUUGGAGGCCUAGACCCAAGAAAGAAGUACCAUGUGAAGCUCCUGGCGUUCAGUUUCAUAGGUGAUGGCUACCAGGCAGACCAGACUAUCAGCACCCCUGGAUGUGUCUCGGUUCGUGAUCGUAUGGUGCCCCCUCCGCCACCCCCUCACCACGUGUAUGCCAAGGCCAACAGCUCGUCUGCCGUAUUCCUCCACUGGGGGCGUCCAGCCUUCACCUCCAGCCAGAUCGUCAACUACACCAUCCGCUGUAACCCUGUGGGCCUUCAGAACGCCUCCCUGGUACUCUACCUGCAGACUGCUGAGAAGAACAUCCUGGUCCCGGACUUAGAGCCCAACACCAGGUAUGAGUUUGCUGUCCGCCUGCACCUUGACCAACUGUCCAGCCCCUGGAGCCCUGUGGUCUACCAGAGCACUCUGCCUGAAGCACCUACUCUGCCACCGUCAGGUGUGAAAGUGACUCUGAUAGAGGACGACACAGCGCUGGUGUCAUGGAAACUUCCAGAUGAGCCCAACUUGGCAGUGACACGUUAUACCAUCUUCUAUGCUUCCAGGAAGGCCUGGGUAGCUGGAGAGUGGAAGGUGCUGCAGAGGGAAGGGAGCAUCACCAUGGCUCUACUGGAGAACCUACAGCCGGGGAACAUCUACCUGGUCAAGGUGUCUGCGUCCAACGAUAUGGGAGACGGGCCGUUUUCACACACCGUGGAACUAGCCGUGCAGAGCGAUGGCUCCACCUCCGGUCACAACCCCAGGCGCUCCCAUGGCUCAGCUACAGUGUUCUCUAGUGGUUUCUACCACCUGGACCAGAAGUCAAUGACAGGGAUCAUCGUGGGGGUUUGCAUUGCACUGAUCUGCAUCAUCAUCUGUGCCUUCAUCCUUGUCUGCAGAGGCAAAAACAGGAAAUCGUCAGCUACUAAAGCCAUCAGGCAGGAGGCUGGUCAGGUCCCCUCUGCUUCGGCCCACCUGGGCUCUGAGGGCCAGGCUGAGAAUGCUGAUGUUAUGGUGCCAAUGAUGAGAGCAGACCACUUCAUUGAUGCCAAGGGGGGAACAAAUCUGAUCAUCAAUAGCCUCGGACCAGUUUAUCCAAUCACUGAGAAGAGAAAUAAGUGGUUUUCCUUCAUUAAUCAGAAAAAAAUGAAUGCUAAGAAAAGCCAGAUCCAGAGGAAGAGCCAUGGAAUCUGCUCGUACCAGCCAGGAGCAACAGUGCUGUGCUACAAGGAUGAGUCUCUGUCGUCACCCAACCAGCCCACCUCCCUGCAGGUCCUGUUUGUUCCACCUUUUGACACAGAGGGCUCCUCCAACAGCGAGGGCAGCCACGAGACAGGCGACUCGGGCCGUUACUCUCACGACGAGACAGAGAUGACCAACCUGUCCUCUGGUCCCAGCAGCCGCCCUGCGUCUCUGAGAGAGGAGAGCGGGGGGUCAUUCUGCAGUCCUGCCCAGGAGAGUGAGAGGGAGCUGGAGGAGCAGUCUCACCUCAACCUGGAGAUUGGAGACUCCAUGGAGAAACCGUGCAACCAUCACCACUAUCAGGCCCCAGACAAUUCCCAGCCUGCACUUUCUCUCUAG